AUGUCUGAACCCGCCGGUCCCCACUCCGCUGCCAUUCUCUCUAUCAUUCGCGAUGCUCUCGAGGACGAGGCCAACGUCCAGCACGCCGACAUCCACGCCAAGUUCGAGUGGUACGACGCUGGCGAUAACAAGAUCAUCGCCGUCGCUGCUGGUGGCACUGACGACGAAGCCCGCGAGCCGUUCUCGUUCCGGAUUCUCGCUUACGCCGACAGCAACGGGACGUGGCUUAUGCCCUGCAACAACUGGGACGGCAAACCCACCAAAUACGAUCAGCCCUUCUACAAGAACCGCGCCAGGGUGUCUCUCAUCGCCGGCGACGAUCCCGUCACGUCCUUGCACUUUGCGCCACAGAUGGACGGCCUCCGCACGAUCUUCACGCGUGCACCUGCCGCUCCGCCAGGUGCUCGCGCGACGCACCCGCUCAUCACUGCACAGGGCUCCAUCACUACCCGUCAUUGUUUCUUCACGGCCCCUCAGCCAACCGAUGUUACUCGGACCGAGCGCGCCCAGGCGCAGGAAGCCCUGAACAUCGCAGACGGUCCGGAGUUCAGGUCCAUCAAUGUGCCCUGCAAGCACGCCGAGGGCCGCACUGCUCUCCACAACACUGUUGGUGGCGGUGAGCAUGCGUACAUUCCGCUCGCGGCCUGGAAGAUGGACUUCAACAAUCCCGUCUUGCGCGAGGACACUAUGCGCGACGGCGCGAGCGUCCCUGCAGGAAGCCCGGCGACGCGCGAGGAGGCCUUGGCGGGCGACGCUAUGCCAACCAUGACCAAGUUACGCCCUAACGAGUACGACCGCCACAUCCGCGGCUCCCUCGUCGAUGUCCGCUUCACACUCACUCGCCAGUUCAUUCCCACGGCCAAGACCUUCAACUUCAUGGCCGACAUCGAGGACCUGUACGUCCUGCACUCGCGCCCUCCUCCUGCGGCUUUGAAGCGCGGCCGUGGCGCGUCGAAGUUCUUGGCCUCAAGCGCCAAGCGUCUCCGCUUUGAGUAG